AUGCAGUCAGUGUAUAAGUUAGUUUCUACCGUAAAUCAGUUUUAUAGGGAAAUCAACCCUUCAACGCUUUCUGGUGCCAUUGACGUAAUUGUCGUUGAGCAGCCUAAUGGAGAACUAGCAUGUUCACCUUUUCAUGUUCGAUUUGGGAAACUAUUGGUUUUAAGACCUCAAGAAAAGAAGGUUGAAAUUACUGUCAAUGGAAAAGUUGUUGAUUUCCCAAUGAAAAUUGGAGAAGCCGGUGAAGCUUUUUUCGUGUUCGAAACAGAAAACCGUGUCCCAAAAGAAUUGCAAACUUCCCCAUUAGCAGGUCCCAGUGAUCCUUUACCGACAGAAGAGGAACCUGAUUUCUUGGAUUUAAACACAGAUAAUUCUAAAGAUAUUCUUCAAAAUAGAGUUGAGCAAAAUAAUACGAUCGAUUUUGGAACUGAUGAUGGAUAUGAAGGAGAUUCUGAGCCAAAAAUAUUAGUUGCUGAACCUAAAAAUAUUCAUGAGAUGAAUUCUGAGUUACCUUCAGUAAUAACAGAUUUAGUCAUUCCGAUGUCUGAAGAAGAAACUAUAACAGAUGAAAAAGCAAUUUUAAUAUCAAAUUAUGAGAAAUCAAAUAAGACAAUGUUAAAUGGUGAUAACGUUCAUGAAGCAGACGAAAAGCUUGCACCUGGCAAUCAAGAUAUAAAAUUGGAAUCAAAUUGCACGUCGGAUUCAAUAUCAUUAAUUGAUGAUGUUACUGAAUAUAAGCCAGAAUCGUUGGAAAAGUUGUAUUUCAAGUCUGAUGCUAAGCAAGCGAUUGAUGAGGAUGCAAAUCUAUCGAACGAAGUAGAUGGUGUGGUUAGUGGACUUGAACCUGAAUUAUUAAAUGGUUCUGCUGAUAAUCUUGUAAUACAAAAUAAUGUUGAGUCUGAUUUAGCUCAACUUAGUGACGUGAUAAAAACGCAACAGACCGAAGAAAGUAACAAUAUACCACGAUUAGAAACAGAAGCUUCGAGGCAGAAUCGAGAAAGGGCUUUAUCAAUACCUUCCGUUCAUCCAAAAUGGGAAAAAUCCGAAGGUCCGUUUUCUGAUACAGAAUUGGAAGAAACACGAAAACCAGAAAAACCUUUAGAAAGACGACCAAGUAGAACCAGUCCUUUGAGCGAUACAGAAUUGGAAUAUGGGCCCCAAAAGCCUUCAAAAGAUUCAGAAGAGUGGUCAUGGGUAUGGGGAGCGUUGCCUGUGAGAACAUCGGAAAAAAUCACGCAUUGGCAAAAUGGCACAGUUGAUAAAGAUUGGAAAGAUGAUAAUACAAUCGAAAAGCCAUCAGGUAUAGAGAUUGGAGGAAAGGUUCAUCAUUUUGAAAUGUCAUUAUGUGGAAGCGAAGCUUUUGGAAGGGAUGAGGUAGUUAAAAACGGAUAUUACUCGUGGCCGACCGCUGCGCCCAUAAUAGUUUCCUUACUCGUAUUUCAAAAGCCUCUCCCAGAUUCUACAAUGACUAAUUUAUCUAGUAAUAGACUUGAGGAAUUAAGGUCAUCAGAUCAGCGUAGAUAUAGCCUAAGGGGAUGGAGUCGAUGGUGGAGUCGUUCAUCGAGUCCGCUUCCAAUAGAAGCAUCAGAAAAGAUUGAUAAGGAACCAAAAGAUAAUGUUGAAAAGGAAAAUGAGAAACCGACAAAGUUUUAUGCGAAAACGCUACGUCUUACUUCCGAACAAUUGAAAAGUCUCAACUUAAAGAAGGGAGCAAACACAAUAACCUUUUCCGUCCCUUCUUCCUAUCAAGGAAAAGCUACAUGCGUAGCCAAAAUAUUCUUCUGGGAUUGUGACACAAAGAUCGUAAUUUCCGACAUCGAUGGAACAAUUACAAAGUCGGAUGCUCUUGGACAUGUGUUUACAAUGAUCGGGAAAGACUGGACACAUUCAGGUGUUGCCAAAUUAUACACGGAUAUUCGAAAGAAUGGUUAUCAAAUUUUAUAUCUGACGAGUAGAGCUAUUGGACAGGCCGGAUAUACCAGAGAUUACUUAAAGAAAGUUGAACAAGACAAAUAUCAAUUGCCUGACGGACCUGUUAUUAUGUCACCUGAUCGCUUAUUGACCGCCUUUCAUAGAGAAGUAAUUAUGCGCAAACCUGAAGUUUUCAAAAUGGCUUGUUUACGAGAUGUACAAAAAUUGUUUUGCGAUAGAAAUCCAUUUUUUGCAGGAUUUGGAAAUAGGAUAACGGAUGCUUUAUCUUAUCGAAGUGUUAAUGUACCAUCAUCAAGGAUAUUUACAAUUGACACAAAUGGCGAAGUGAAGCUGCAAUUAUUGUCAGGAUAUAAAUCAUCAUAUGUGGAUCUAAGUGAUCUAGUGGAUCAAAUGUUUCCUCACAUUACAUGGGAUACAGUUUAUAAUGAUUGGAAUUAUUGGAAGCCACCUUUGCCGGAAAUUGAAAUUCCCACAGAAAUAUAUGAAAAUCAACCAAUACCAUCAUCACCAAAGAGUUCAGUUGCUAUAAUUGGAUCACCUCGUUUAGGAAUGAUUCGAACUUUGACCGGAACUAUAACUGGAAGCAACAAUAUGAAUCAACAGAAGAAAACAGUUCAGUCAACACCAGGCAUGUUAGAAUCAUCAGGAAAUCCUACAUCAGAUAAAAUAAAUGAGAAUGAUCUCAUAAUAGCAAAUAGUAGAAUCGUAUAUGUUGGAGGAGAUGUUGAUAUGCCAGGUAGAAUGGACAUUUAUGAAAAUGAAGAAGGUAGAAGUAUGUGA